UUCUGCACGUUGUCACUGAAAGAAACUUGACCUCCUUGUCAUCAUAGCUGCUGGUACUGUUGCUGUAAUUAAACAGAUUUUAUUAACAUGAAGUUUAUAAUAUAAAUUGUGCGACCGCGGCUAUUCAUUUUUAUUAUUCCGUUCAACUAACUGCAGCCGAUCAACGCAAGCUAAUAAUGUCGGUAAAUCGCUGUGUUUACUUUUUGUCGCGCUCUCACGUCAGAUACCGGGUAUGUGCUAGCACAGCAGCUGUAGCAAACAACACUACACUGCAUCCGACUAGAAGGGCGUUUGAGAAAGUAUCAAGUAGACAUUUAUCUUCAAACGGUUCAUCAAGACCCCUUGACACGUCCCUUUUUGUGCCGCUCACCGUCAAAAGCGAUGAAGUCGCGGACGGGGCGGUAGGCGAGGAGUUGACCCAACCUCUGAACAAAAGUGAACUUCUGAAGGUGCUGAACAGAUUCUACAAAAGAAAAGAGAUGCAAAAACUGGCUGCUGACCAAGGGCUUGACUCUCGUCUCUUUCAUCAAGCAUUUGUGAGUUUUAGGAAAUAUGUGCUGGAAAUGAACUCACUAAAUGCUGACUUGCAUAUUAUUCUUAGUGACAUCUGUUGUGGAGCUGGUCACAUAGAUGACAUUUUCCCGUACUUUAUGAGACAUGCCAAACAGAUUUUUCCCAUGCUGGACUGUAUGGAUGAUUUACGCAAGAUCAGUGACUUACGGGUCCCAGCGAACUGGUAUCCAGAGGCCAGGGCUAUUCAAAGAAAGAUUGUUUUUCAUGCAGGACCCACCAACAGCGGUAAGACCUAUCAUGCCAUCCAGAGAUUUCUGGCAGCCAAGUCUGGAGUUUACUGUGGACCGCUAAAGCUGCUGGCCCAUGAGAUCUAUGAGAAGAGUAAUGACGCAGGAGUGCCGUGUGAUCUGGUCACAGGAGAAGAGAGGAUAUUUGUUGAUCCUGAAGGAAGGCCGUCUGGCCACAUUGCCUCUACUAUAGAGAUGUGCAGUGUCACAACUCCAUAUGAAGUGGCUGUCAUCGAUGAGAUUCAAAUGAUCAAAGAUCCUGCCAGAGGAUGGGCUUGGACGAGAGCUCUUCUUGGUUUGUGUGCUGAGGAGAUCCAUGUUUGUGGAGAAGCUGCAGCAGUUGACUUUAUCACUGAACUCAUGUACACCACUGGCGAAGAGGUCGAGGUAAAUAAUUAUAAGAGGCUGACCCCUUUUUCAGUCUCGAACCAUGCAGUGGAAUCAUUAGAUAACCUGAAGUCUGGCGACUGCAUCGUGUGCUUCAGUAAAAAUGACAUCUACUCAAUCAGCCGACAGAUAGAAGUCCGUGGCCUGGAGUGUGCCGUCAUUUAUGGCAGUCUGCCCCCUGGCACCAAGUUGGCUCAAGCAAAAAAGUUUAAUGAUCCAGAUGACCCUUGCAAAAUCCUUGUUGCCACAGAUGCAAUUGGAAUGGGGCUGAACUUGAGUAUUAGGAGAAUCAUCUUUAACUCUCUGGUAAAGCCCAGCGUGAAUGAGAAGGGGGAGAAGGAGCUGGACACUAUUUCCACGUCGCAGGCUCUGCAGAUCGCAGGCCGAGCAGGACGCUUCAGCUCUGUGUUUAAAGAGGGUGAGGUCACUACUAUGCAAAGGGAUGACUUGCCUGUUUUAAAGGAGAUCUUGGGGAAGCCUGUUGACCCUAUCGAGACAGCAGGAUUACACCCCACAGCAGAGCAGAUAGAGAUGUUUGCCUACCAUCUUCCCCAUGCCACUCUCUCAAACCUCGUUGAUAUAUUUGUGAGCCUUGCACAGGUGGAUGGACUUUACUUUGUGUGCAACAUUGAUGACUUUAAAUUCUUGGCAGAUGUGAUUCAGCAUAUCCCUCUGAAUUUGCGUUCCCGAUACGUGUUCUGCACAGCUCCUAUCAACAAGAAACAGGCCUUCGUUUGCACAUCCUUUCUCAAGUUUGCCAGACAGUUUAGCAGAGAUGAGCCUCUGACAUUCAACUGGGUUUGUCGACAUGUGAAUUGGCCCCUGGCCCCUCCCAAAAACAUCAAGGACCUUGUUCAUCUCGAGGCUGUCCAUGAUGUGCUGGAUCUUUACCUUUGGCUCAGCUAUCGCUUCAUGGACAUGUUCCCAGAUGCAAAUCUCAUUCGUGAAAUUCAGAAGGAACUGGACGGAAUCAUCCAGGUCGGCGUGCGUAACAUCACACGGCUGAUCCGUGCCAUUGAACACCAGUCCACCCCUCCAGAAACCUCUACCUCCAUAAGACUUCCUGUUUUAGACGCAGUGUCAGUGAAGAAGGGACGAGGGUCAAAGAUUCAAAGUAAAGAGCCCAGCGCAUUGAACUCUUCACUGAGCUCAAGGUUGGUGCGGGACGGACUACUGACAAAGGAACUGUUACAGCAGCUGCAGAAAGAAUGGGUCCAAAAGCAGAGCGAACAUAGAGAUAACUCUAAUUCAGAAAAUAAAGAGAAAAGAAAGAAAAAAUGAACACUAGCUUGUGUAAUAUGGACUUGUAUAUACUUUUAAAGGAUCAAGAGAACAAUAUGGCUGUACUGCUGAUGUUUUGAACUUGUCUCUGGAGCACUAACUUGCCAUAAAACCAAUUUUCAUAGAAAUUUAUAACCGAGUGUCUGAAGGAGCCCUGUAACACCCCCUUUUAGAUGUGACAAUAAAAUUAUAUUGAUAUUUUUAA